UUCACUUCAUUCCAUUGAGUAUCAAAUAAACAAUGGCUCCUCCUCCUCCUUUGCAUAUAGCAAUGUUUCCAUGGUUUGCUAUGGGACACUUAACUCCAUAUCUUCACCUCUCCAACAAACUAGCCAAAAGGGGACACAAAAUCUCAUUCUUUAUUCCCAAAAAUACACAAACCAAAUUACAACAUCUCAACCUUAACCCAAAUCUUAUUACCUUUUUCCCUCUCAAUGUUCCUCAUGUUGAUGGUCUUCCCCAUGGCGCUGAAACAUCUUCAGAUGUACCCUUUUCUUUAGUCCCUCUUAUUGCUACAGCCAUGGACCAAACUGAGGACCAAAUUGAACUUCUUCUAAAGGAACUAAAACCACAGAUUGUUUUCUUUGAUUUUCAAUAUUGGCUACCCAAUUUGACUCAAAAACUUGGUAUCAAAAGUCUUCAAUACUGGAUAGCUAGUCCUUUUUCAAUAUCUUACUUUUGGAAUGGACCUAGACAAAGCCAAGGAAAAGGAUUAACAGUAGAAGAUCUCAAAAAACCACCUUCAGGCUACCCUGAUUCAUAUAUCAACCUUCAUCAACAUGAACUUCUGUUUCUAUCUGGAUCAAGGAAAUUUGUAUUUGGAAGCGGUGUAUUUUUAUACGACCGUUUGCACAUAGGUACAAGUUUAGCAGAUGCUAUUGGUUUCAAAGGUUGCAAAGAAAUUGAUGGACCAUAUGCUGAAUUUCUUGGAAAUUUUUAUGGAAAACCUUCUCUACUUUCAGGUCCUCUAUUACCAGAAUCACCAACAACUUCUUUAGAUGAAAAAUGGGCUUCAUGGCUUAAAGGAUUCAGACAUGGUUCUGUGGUUUUUUGUGCAUGUGGAAGUGAAGGUCCAUUAGAACAAAAUCAGUUUCAAGAGUUGUUACUUGGUCUUGAGUUAACAGGUUUUCCGUUUCUUGCAGCACUUAAGCCACCUAAUGGAUUUGAGUCUAUUGAAGAAGCUUUACCUGAAGGGUUCGGUGAAAGAGUUAAAGGAAAAGGGAUUGUUUAUGGAAGUUGGAUUCAACAACAAUUGAUUUUGGAACACCCUUCUGUUGGAUGUUUCAUAACACACUGUGGAGCUGCUUCUAUAACUGAGGGACUUGUUAACACGUGUGAGUUGGUUUUGUUGCCACGUGUGGGUGUUGAUCAUAUAAUGAAUGCAAGAAUGAUGAGUGAGAAAUUGAAAGUAGGUGUGGAAGUUGAGAAAGGUGAUGAAGAUGGAUUGUUUACAAAAGAAAGUGUUUGUAAAGCUGUGAAGAUUGUGAUGGAUGAUGAGAAUGAGGUUGGAAGAGAAGUGAGAAAAAAUAAGAAUGAAUUAAGGAAGUUUUUGUUGAGUGAGAAUCUAGAGUCGUCAUAUGUUGAUAGUUUCUGUGAAAAGCUUCAAGCACUCAAGCCACCUGAUGGAUUUGAGUCUAUUGAAGGAGCUUUACCUGAAGGGUUCAGUGAAAGAGUUGAAAGAAAAAGGAUGGUUUGUGGAAGUUGGAUUCAACAACAAUUGAUUUUGGAACACCCUUCUGUUGGAUGCUUCAUAACACACCGUGGAGCUGCUUCUAUAACUGAGGGACUUGUUAACACGUGCCAGUUGGUUUUGUUGCCACGUGUAGGUGCUGAUCAUAUCAUUAAUGCAAGAAUGUUGAGUAGAAAGUUGAAGAUUGGUGUGGAAAUUGAGAAAGGGGAAGAAGAUGGAUUGUUUACAAAAGAAAGUGUGUGUGAAGCUGUGAAGAUUGUGAUGGAUGAUGAGAAUAAGGUUGGAAGAGAAGUGAGAGCAAAUCAUGAGAAAAUGAGAAACUUCCUCAUUAGCAACAACUUGGAAUCUUCAUGUGUUGAUAGUUUCUGUCAAAAACUUUAUGACUUGCUCUAGCAUUUUCAGUUUGCUUAUAAAUAAGAAUGAUCUAUCAGUUCUAGUAGACAGUAAACGAUGUUGAAUUUCAAUUCAACAGCACUUGUAUGCCUUAUUUAAAGACACUCUAAACAAUACAAUGUUAUUAAAUAACCAUCAGAGAGGCAGACAACCAAAGUGGAAAGUCAUGCAGCCUGGAGUUUGAGGUUGAA